ACGGAUCAUCCGGAACACCUGAAAGAGAGGCCUGAUUCUAGCAAGGUCUCCGAGCCCCGGCCUCAGAAACGACCUAGGCCUUGGCUUAGCCUACCAGUCAAAGACUACGUGUGCCCCAAAAAGGCACAGACACCGUUUUGCCUAAAUACAUCUCCCUGGAUCAAAUACCAGAAGUUUAUGGCCGAAAACAUUGCUGGAAAGACCUGUAUUGCACAUCAGUCCGAUAGUCCCAGAAACAUCGUCGCGAUCAAACAAUACAGAUCUAGUGGCAUUGAUAAAACGGGAAACCUUCUUCCCACAAGUCACCCCAACCUUGUCAAUCUUGUUAACUCAUUCUGUGAGUCUACGGUUGUCUAUUUAGUCUAUGAACUUAUGGAAGUGUCACUGGAGCAGCUUCACUCUGGGAUGACGUUAAAAGAGGCUGAUGUCGCAUUUGUUUGUAAAGAGACUCUGCACGGUCUUUGGUAUAUUCAUCGAGACCUUUCAAUCUGCCAUACAAGGCUUGACUGUAGUAAUAUUUUUCUUUCAGCAGACGGAAGAGUCAAGAUUGGUGAGUGCCUGAAUAGAUAUCUCUCUGUUUAG